CAACCACGGCAGCUCACCUCAUCCCACCUCAGUACCUCACUCCCAAGCAAGUAGCCAAGAAGAGAAGCAAACUAGGAAGAUAGUGCCAGAGCAAGAAACCACGCCAAGCUAGCUAUUCAUCCAUGGAAGAUCCCUACACGAGCUUCCUCAAGAACCCCUACUACUACUACAACACGUCCACCUUGCCCACGCCUCACCUCCCUCCUCCUUUCCCACCUUACGCCGCCCUCUACCCCGCCGUUGCCGCCGCCGCCGCUCCAUAUCACCAGUACCCAUCCUUCUUCCAGCAGCAGCUGGCGGCGCAUGCGCAGCCCACUCUCCAUUACAGCACAGCGCCUCCAUCCCCUCCGCUCCGGGAGGCGCUCCCCCUCCUCUCCCUCACGCCCACCCCCACCUCCCGUCAUAGCGCUGUCCACCACCACGACGCCGCCGACUCCGAUUCCGACGAUGACGACUGCUGCUACCACCUGCAACCUGAGAUGGCGGCGGGCUCGACGACGGGCCCCGCGCGCGCUCCGCUCUUCGCCGACCUCAACUGCGUGCCCUCCUGCUGCGAUGACCCGAUGGACGUGGAGGCCGCCUGGUGCACGUCGACAGACGACGCCGCCGUCGCUCUGAGCAUCGGCCUGCCGGCCGCCGAAACUGACCUCCUGUCUGUGCUCUCGGGCCGGGCGGCGGAAGAGGAGGAGGAAGAGGAAGAAGAUUGCAAGCUGGGGGGCGGGCACGAGGAGGUGCCGCUAGGGUUCUCGUCGACGGCGCCGAUCGGGAGGCUGAACAAAGGACAGUACUGGAUCCCCACGCCGUCGCAGAUCCUCAUCGGCCCCACCCAGUUCUCCUGCCCCGUUUGCUUCAAGACAUUCAACCGAUACAACAACAUGCAGAUGCACAUGUGGGGUCACGGUUCGCAGUACCGGAAGGGCCCGGAGUCCCUGCGUGGUGUCCAGCCGACGGCGAUGCUGCGGCUGCCGUGCUACUGCUGCGCGGCGGGGUGCCGGAACAACAUCGACCACCCGCGCGCCAAGCCGCUCAAGGACUUCCGGACCCUGCAGACGCACUACAAGCGCAAGCACGGCCUCAAGCCCUUCCUCUGCCGCCGCUGCGGUAAGGCCUUCGCCGUCAAGGGUGACUGGCGCACCCAUGAGAAGAACUGCGGCAAGCUCUGGUACUGCCUCUGCGGCUCCGAGUUCAAGCACAAGCGCUCCCUCAAGGAUCACGCCCGGGCUUUUGGACACGGCCACGGCGCCUUCGGCUGCAACGGCGCCGCCGGUGGUGACGGCUUCGACGACGACGACGAGGGUGCCGUCUCCGAGAUCGAGCACGACAUCGUCUGCGGCGCCGCCAACGCCAGGUCCUCGCCGGCGCUGCGGUGACGAACCUAUCACUUAUCGAUCUGUUAAGCCGUGGUGCCAGUGCCACACGCGCGCGCAAACACUAUACUGGUAGUAGUGUUAUAGUUAGAUGCUCAGUCUACCUGUCUGUGUGGGUGUUGAUGUGUUGUUGUCGUGGUCGUGGUCGUUGUCAUUGUCUUUUUUUUUAGUACUGUUAGGGUUGUGGAAGUGCUCUUUUCUCUCGCUACAUCGCUAGUUAGUAUUAUCGAUCCAUCGCUUGUAACUUGUAAGGUGAUGUCUUAUCUCAAUCAUCACACCGUUAACUCA